CGCGGCAGUCGCUGAUUCAUUCGCAUUUUCUUCGCGCAAGCUGAUGGUUCAGAAAUUUCAUUGAUAACGUUUGACUGUAGUUUGGAACGGAAAAUCGUGCUUAGAUCCUGUCGAAAAUAUUGCAAUAGUGUAGUUUGGCGAACGAUUAAUAGUUGGUGCAUAAAGGUGAAGCCAUUAAAACAGAAUAAUGGUGCUGAAAAUCAAAACGAAAAUUGCCUAGCUGGCUUGGAUUGGCUUCGUCGAAAAGUGCUGAGAGAAUUUUUUCCCUCUUGUUUCAUUCAUCGUUGCCCAAAAAGAAAAGAUAAACAUUCAUUCAUAAACGAAGGAAUAACAGAGCGAGUGUGCUCCUCUCUUCGUGAGACGGUAAUGCUGUAGUGGUAGUAGGCCGAAAGUACCGCUAAUCGCUUUUAGUUUUUUGACAUUUGGAUUGUUUCGAAAACAGUGAAAACCGAAUUUGAAGAUGUCGGAAAAAUACACGCAUCAGCUGUUGAAAGUAGUGGUGGCCCAGGUGUGCCAGGCCAUUGGGUGGCAUUCGAUUCAGUCAACGCCGAUGGAGCUGAUGAUCGACAUUCUGGACCAGUACCUGAAGGACAUCACCCGGACGACGCAUCGUUAUGCGGAGCUGUACAACCGGACCGAUCCGAAUCUGGACGAUGUGGCGCUGGCGUACCGAGAGAUGGGCACCAAUUUGGGGGAGCUGCAGGAGUAUCUACAGUUUGUGGAUCCUAUCGAGAAGGUUUUCGAGGUCCCUAAGUAUCCUUUGCCGAAGGAAACGCAUUUGAACUUUUUGAAGCCCGGCAGCAAGGAAGUGCUGAGUCGUCCGGUGCAUAUUCCGGAACAUAUGCCGCCGAUGCUGGUAGAUGCGGAUGAAGAAGAACAGCAGGCGGAGCGUAGAUUGCGGAUGAUGGAGCAGGAAAGGAUAGCCGGAUUGUUGAGCGAAGAAAUGGACCCUGAAGUUAAGGAGGAAAUCGUUGGAGGUUCGGAAGUGGUAGUCGAGAAGAUGGAAGAAAUCGGCGCUGAGGAAAUGGCAAUGAUGGAAUCUAGUCAACAGGAGGAAGUAGUUACGUUUAAGCGACCACCGGAUGUGCUUUCGGGUGGAGAAGGAACAGCUGAUACGAAAAAAGGGAAAGGUUUGAAUGAUGAGGGUAGACCUACGCGGGAGAUAAGCUCCGUUAUAAUGACGACUUCGGGGUUUAUUUCUCCGGCUCGAGAGGGCAGAUUGCCGGAAGCAAAAGUUCCAAUGAUCUUGGAAGAAAAACCGAAGCCUCCUCCACCUCCGCCUCCCGUUCCGAUUAUUCCGGCUUUGCCGAUUUCGAAGAUGGAAGAAAAGUUCAGCAAAAAGCUCAAGAAAAAACCAGCGGAGAAGGAAAAGAAAAAGGAUAAGAAAGGGGAUAAAAAGAAAGUUAAAGAGGAGAAUGAUACGGCUAGCAGACCUGUGACUCCGGGGAAUACAGCACCGGAAACAGGCGACUCGUCGAUUGUAGAUGAUAUCAAACCAUUACCGAUGGCACUUGAUCCUCCUCCUAGAGCGCCGAGUCCUCUAGAUGUAAAACCUUCGGAAGCAAUGCUACCACCGGCAAUGGCAUCUCCCAUGCCUAUUCCACCGGUUAAAAUUCCUAAACCCAAGAAGGAGAAACCUCCUAAAAAGAAGAAACUAAGUCCAGCGGAAAAGCUGAAAUCUCCUGUUGCGCCACCUUUGCUGAACUCCAGCCCAUUGAUGGAACAACCUAUGCUGAACUUUGCUAGUCCGACACCGAUGCCGCAAAUUCCGCCACCUUUGCUGAAUCAGAUUUCGCCUCCGAAGCCGCCGAAACCGAAAAAGCCCAGGCUUACUAAAAAACAGCAACAGCUUUUACAACAGCAGCAACAACUUCAACAACAGCUACCCUUUAUGGAACAAUUCCAGCAGCAGCUCCAGAAUAACCCUCUCACAGCAACACAAAUAUUGGAGCUGUUCUCUCCCGGGAAAAAUCCUAUGUCAGACCUGUUCCCCCCGUCUCUUUUCCCCCCGAGACAACAGAUUUCUCCGCAACCUAUACCACCCAAAUUUCCGGACACUGCUGCACAAACUCAGCUUGACAUCCUCCAAAAGUUGCAUCCAAGUUUAGAAAUCACUCCAGCACCAGGUCCAUCUUCAAGCGGAAAGCUACAACAGCAGCAGCAACUUUUGCAACAAUCACCUUCGCCUGACAAACAAAAACUUAACAUUUUUAAGAAGGCUUCAAAGAAGGACCAACAACCAAUGUCAGCCCAUGGACUUCCCGCUCCACAACCCCCGAUAAUCGUGAUCGACGACGAUAAAAGUCCACCCCAUCAGCCUCAAUUCCCCACAACGCCCACGGUCAAGAAACGGGCACCGAAAAAGUCUAGCAACCAAGGAUUCUCCUUCCAGGACACGUUUUCUUCACCGAACAUGGACUCCUUUAACCUCAGUAUGGAUCAUCCUAUGAGUUCGCUAGCGGGCACUUCGUUCCGUGAAUUUUCACCUCCGAAAACGCCGUCUAAUAUGCCCAAAACCCCGGACAUCAAGCUGCACUCCAGUUCCAGUUCGUCGGCUUCCUGGAUGAGCGAUUCCGGAAAGCUCCCCCCGGGAGGUCUCGGCGCCCCGGAACCACCCCUUUUCGGAGCUUUCCCCAACUUUGGGAUGCCACACGGGAUGGGAAAACCGGAAAAGAAACCUCGAAAACCGCGGGCUCCAAAACAACCGAAAGAACCGGCCAAAGGAAAGAAGUCGAAAAACGCUCAACUCAUGGAGGAUUUGAACUUGCUGCAGCAACUGACCCAACAACAGCAACAACUUCAGCAACAGCAGCAGCAACAACAAUUUCCACCGAAUUCCGCCCUCGAUAAGAAGCAGCUGUUCGAUUACAGCAACCUGCUGAAGCAGUCUAUGCCUCCAGGCUUCCUGCAAAAUCAAGUGCGCAACCCAAUGCUCGGAAUGUUCCCGCUACCUUCUGGGCCAGGUCUGAUUCCGGAUAAUCCGCUGUUCCCCUCAUUCCCAGGGCAGCCCUCGUUCCUACCUUCCUUCGGAAUGCCGCGACUUCCCCCACAGUUCGACCUAGGAAAUCUCCCACGUUACACCCGACCUCAAAAAGUCCCAUCAACCGAAAACCUCGACAACCUGGACCCGGAAACAAAAUUGGCUCACACCCCGCUAGAUCUCCAGAAGAGCACCUGCAACGUAGCCCCUCUAGUGCCCCCAUCGCUACAGAUCGAUCAAAGUCCACCAAGCAAAAAGCAGAAGCCAUCUCCUCAACAACCCAUCAAAGAACUCCCCCCACAAGAGCAUUCCCUCAAUCUUUCCACAAAAUCAGUUAUCACCCAAAAUCCUCAACCCUCGAAAUCCUCUGCCCAAACCCUUAACCCGACGGAAUCCUUCUCAAAACAACCACCCCUUCAAUCGCAAUCAUCCCUGCUAACCCUUCCAAUUCCCCAUCAACAACAACAACAACAAAACAUCCCCCCACAAAUCCCCCAUCAACAGCACCAACUUGCACAAAUCUCCCCCACGGUUCCUCCGAUAACUUCUGGCGAAACCAUCGUCAUCGGAUCCGACUCCGAUACCAACAGCCAGUCAACCGUUACGAUGGCAGCGAUGGGAAUCGAACCACCGAACCAGGGCGCCGGUGGCAGCUCGAAAAAAGACCGCUCCGAGAAGCGCAGCAAAAACAAGGAACACAAAAGGGACAAGAAGCUGCGCGAAACCCGGGACGGCAAGAUCAAGAAGAAGAAGGACAAGAAGGACAAAAACAAGAGCAAGGAUCGGGACCGAGAACGGCCCAAAUCGUCCCAUUCUUUCAAUAUGGACAUCCCAGAUGCGCCUCUAGAACCAGCAAGCACGAUGAGCAUCCCGAAUACCGUAGCCCCCAAUCCAUUCAUCGGCACAGGCAAACCAGUGGACCAAGCUCCUGCUGCACCUUCGGCUUCGGCCCUGCUAGAAGAUCCGUCCAAUCUGGAGCAAAUCCGUCGCAAGGAAAAGAAAGAGAAAAAGAAGGAAAAACUAAAGAAAGAGAAGCGCAAGGAAAAGGAACGUGCUGCCCUGGAGGCGGCCAAUGCCGGCCCUUUCGGUCUGGCUCUGUUAGGCGCCCAAUCGGGCGAUAACAGUGACGGUUCGAGUACAUCCGUUCCUAAACUAACACUGAAAUUAGGUGGUUCGGCAGCUUCUCCCUCACCACGAUCCGGUACCCCUGAUGUGCAGGUUAUCGAUCCGAAUGCAGUAAGCUCAGGUGAAUCCAUCCCUGGCAAACGUGAAGCUUCUCCGGAACUAGCACGCAUAUCAGCUCUGGUAACAAGGCCACCUAAACUGAAAACUCCGACCAGCAAAGGGAAGGCGAAGGACGACGAGACGGCAAAACAUCCCAAGGCAGCUGAUCAUUCGAGCAAAACGGCCGGAAAGUUGGAGUUUGGUGCCGCCGAAACAUCCACCAAACCACGGCCACGUGGUAUUCAACCGCUACCGGACUCGAUCGAUCUAUUCUCCGUAAACCAAACACCGCCAACGGUCCCAUCCAAAGUCUCCACCACUUCGGCUGGUCCCUCGUCAUCGGCUGGCCCGGCACCUUUAGGUGGUGAAUCAUCGACCCCCAUCGCUAAAAAACCACCGAAGGAACCCAAAUCUUCACACAAAGCUCAUGGCGGCGGCGGCGGCUCCGGUGGAAAUGGUGGUUCCGGGACAGGAUCGCUAAUCCCGGCCCCAUUAAACAGUACCCCGAUCAACGUUAAGGACGCGGACGGUAACGUGGUGUGGAUAUGCCCGGCCUGUGGUCGAGUUGACGAUGGAACACCGAUGAUCGGGUGCGAUGGGUGCGACGCCUGGUACCAUUGGGUUUGCGUUGGCAUUCAGGUGCCCCCAGAUUCGAAAGAAGACUGGUACUGUCGGGUGUGUAUCGCCAAGAAGCAGGAAUCGCACGGUGCCGACGAGAAGCAGAAGAAACGCAAGAAGAAGGACAAGAAAAAUCCUAAGGACUGAUUGGGUGGGAGGACUUUAGGCA